AACCCAAGUCCGUUGUGCAUCUAAUCCAAAGACACUAUCAUAGAAACAUAGAAAAUAGGUGCAGUAGGAGGCCAUUCGGCCCUUUGAGCCAGCACCACCAUUCAUUGCGAUCACAGCUGAUCGUCCCCAAUCAAUAAUCCGUGCCUGCCUUCUCCCCAUAUCCCUUGAUUCCACUAGCCCCUAGAGCUCUAUCUAACUCUCUCUUUAAUCCAUCCAGUGACUUGGCCUCCACUGCCCUCUGUGGCAGGGAAUUCCAUCACAACUCUCUGGGUGAAAAUGUUUUUUCUCAGUCUUGAAUGGCCUCCCCUUUAUUCUUAGACUGUGGCCCCUGGUUCUGGACUCGCCCAACAUUGGGAACAUUUUUCCCGCAUCUAGCUUGUCCAGUCCUUUUAUAAUUUUAUGUUUCUAUAAGACCCCCCUCAUUCUUCUAAAUCCCAGUGAAUCCAGGCCCAGUCAUUUCAAUCUUUCCUCAUAUGACAGUCCCGCCAUCCCAGGGAUCAAUCUCGUGAACCUACGCUGCACUGCCUCAAUCACAACGAUGUCCUUUCUCAAAUUAGGAGACCAAAACUGUACGCAAUACUCCAGAUGUGGUCUCACCAGAGCCCUAUACAACUGCAGAACCUCUCUGCUCCUAUACUGAAAUCCUCUUGUUAUGAAGGCCAACAUUCCAUUAGCUUUCUUCACUGCCUGCUGUACCUGCAUGCCAACUUUCAGUGACCGGUGUACAAGGACACCCAGGUCUCACUGUACCUCCCCCUUACCUAACCUAUCCCAUUGAGAUAAUAAUCUUCCCCCUUAAUUUUGCCGCCAAAGUGGAUAACCUCACAUUUAUCUAUAUUAUACUGCAUCUGCCACGCAUCUGCCCACUCACUGAACCUGUCCAGGUCAUCCUGCAACCUCCUAACAUCCUCUUCACAGUUCACACUGCCACCCAGCUUUGUGUCAUCUAUAAACCUGCUGGUGUUGCUCCUAAUUCCCUCUUCCAAAUCAUUAAUAUAUAUGGUAAAUAGUUGCGGCCCCAACACUGAGCCUUGCGGCACUCCACUCGCCACUGCCUGCCAUUCUGAAAAUAACCCGUUCACUCCUACUCUUUGCUUCCGGUCUGCCAACCAAUUUUCUAUCCAUGUCAACACCCUACCCCCAAUACCAUGCGCUCUAAUUUUAGUCACCAGUCUCCCGUGCGGGACCUUAUCAAAGGCUUUCUAGAAGUCUAGAUACACUACAUCCAUUGGCUCCCCUUCAUCCAUUUUACUUGUCACAUCCUCAAUAAAUUCCAGAAGAUUAGUCAAGCAUGAUUUUCCUUUCAUAAUUCCAUGCUGACUUUGACUGCUAUCCGAAUGCCCCAUUAUUAUCUCUUUAAUAAUUGACUCCAGCAUCUUUCCCAUCACCAAAGUCAGGCUAACUGAUCUAUAAUUCCCCGUUUUCUCUCUCGCUCCUUUCUUGAAAAGUGGGCUAACAUUAGCUAUCCUCCAAUCUAUAGGAACUGAUCCUGAAUCUAUUGAACAUUGGAAAAUUAUCAUCAAUGCGUCCACUAUUUCUAGAGCCACCUCCCUGAGGACCUUGGGAUGCAGACCAUCAGGCCCAGGGAAUUUAUCAUCCUUCAGUCCUAUUGGCCUACCCAAUACUAUUUCUCGCCUAAUGAAAAUUUCUUACAGUUCCUCUACCCCCUUAGAUCCUCAGUCCUCCAGUACUUCUGGGAGAAUCCUUAGCGAAGACAGAUCCAAAGUACCUGUUCAACUCUUCUGCCAUUUCCUUAUUCCCCAUAAUAAUUUCACCCGUGUCUGCCUUCAAGAAACCCACAUUUGACUUUGCUAAUCUUUUUCCCUUAACAUAUCUAAAGAAUCUUUUACUGUCCUUCUUUAUAUUCCUGGCCAGCUUCCCCUCGUACUUCAUCUUUUCAGCCUGUAUUGCCCGUUUUGUUUCCUUCUGUUGUCCUAUGAAAGUUUCCCAAUCCUCUGGCUUCCGGCUACGCUUUGCUGUGUUAUACAUCUUUUCUUUUAGUUUUAUUCUAUCCCUAACUUCUCUUGUCAGCCACGGUUGCCUCCUACUCCCCUUUGAAUCUUUCUUUUGGAAUGAAAUGAUCCUGCGUCUUCCGGAUUAUGCCCAGAAAUUCCUGCCAUUGCUGUUCCACCGUCAUUUCUGCUAGUAUCGCUUUCCAGUCUACCUUGGCCAGCUCCCCUGUCAUGCCUUCAUAGUCCCCUUUGUUCAACUGCAUCAGUGCCACUCCCGAUUUAACCUUCUCCUUCUCAUAUUGCAGAUUAAAACUAAUCAUAUUAUGAUCACUACCUACAAGCUGUUCCUUUACCUCGAGUUCUCUUAUCAUAUCUGGUUCAUUGAACAACACUAAAUCCAGAAUUGCCUUUUCUCUGGUCGGCUCCAUUACAGUUUUUAAAAAUAUUUUUAUUAGAAGUGAUGUACAAUAAUAUAAGAUAAAUAACAUAUUACAUUUCAUGUACAACUUCUUAUUUUAAAUUUAAUAGUAGAAAAAAAAGAGUAAGAAAAGCAAGAAAUAUAGAGAGAGAAUAUUAUAUAGCUCAAAAAAGGAAAGAAGAAGGUGAUGUGAAAUAAGCAAAAAAAAAAGUAUAGAGGAGAGAAAAAGAGAAAAGGGGAAAAAAGAGAGAAAUUGAAAGGGAUAUGCUUCCUUCGUAUCUUUACCCACACCUCACCCGGUUCUGAAACAGUUAAUUUCUAAGGUUAUGUUGCACCAUAUGCUUGUAAAAAGUCGAGAAAUGGAGACCAAAUCUUUAAGAAUUGGUCUGAUUUGCCUGAUAGGACGAAUCUCAUAUCUUCAAGGUGCAACAUUUCCGACAUGUUUGAAAUCCACAUUUUGAGCGUUGGUGUGGGUGCAUUUUUCCAGAAUUUAAGGAUGUUUUUUUGUGUUAUUAAGCCAUAAUUAAGGAGAUAUUUUUGGAGCGAUGUCAGCUUACAUCCGUCUUCCAUUGAUCCGAAGAUAAUCAGUUCUGUAUUGGGGUUCAAUUUUAUUUUAAAUAAUUUUGUGAAAAUUCCAAAAAUGUCAUUCCAAAAUUUAGGAAGUUUUAUGCAAGAGACAAAAGAGUGUACUAUAGUAGCAUUUUGAGAUAAGCAUUUAUCACAGAUUGGAGAGACAUUUGGAAAAAAAACUCUCCCAGUUUGGUUUUCGAGUGAUAUAAUCUAUGUAAAUUUUUUAAUUUAAUUAAGUUAUGUCUUACAUUAAUCGAGCAUUUAUGUACAUAUAGCAAGUGUUUUUCCCAUUUGUCUUUCGGAAUUUCUAUAGAUAAUUAUUUUUCCCAGUCCCUUCUAAUUGUUUCUGUCGAUGGUAUUUCUGUAUUUAAAAUGAUGUUAUACAAAUAUGAUAUUAAAUUACUUGAUUCCGCAUUUCUGUUUAUUUCUUCAUCUAAUAGAUCUGAGAUUAAGGUUUGAUAUUCUUGUGUGUGUUUUUUCAGGUAAUCUCGGAUUUGAAGAUGAUGAUGACCUCGACCUCCCUUCCAUCCGCUGCUUCGUCACGUUUACCGACAAUGUCAAAACCGACCAGCUGACCUGUGACCUCCCCUUGUCCCCCAACCCCGGGGACACCCUGGCCCUGACCGCCAGUGAGGGGGAGGUGAGCGAGCGUUGCCUGAUCCAGGCUCCGGCGAUGAGCUGCAGUGUUCCCAUUUCCGCUUUCAUCUUGCUGGACCCCUUAUGUAUAUGGCUGGAGAGGGUGCCUGGCUCCCAGGGAACCUACAGCACCCAGGGGACCUCCAGCACCCACGGGACCUCCAGCACCCACGGGACCUCCAGCACCCACCGCCCCCCCGACAUCCAGGGGCCGUGCCUCAUCUAUAGAAAGGUCCUACACAUGGUGAGGCCGGCUGCCCCGUAUAACGUGUCGGUGCGUGUGGUGCCCGAGGCGGGCGAGGUACAGGUGAGCUGGGAGGUGCCGUCCGUCCGCUUUACCCAACUGGCCAUCAACCUGCUGCACCAGGUGUCGUACGGAGCAGAAACGUCCCCCCCACAGACGAUGGAGGUGACAUUGCGCUCGGUGAGCCUGGUGAUGCGCUGGCUGGUGGCCGGUUCCCGCUACACGGUGAUGGUGCGCUCCCGGCCCGGCCCCAGCUACACCUACUUCCGUGGUGACUGGAGCGAGUGGAGUCCGGCAGUCUCUUUCACCAUUCCCCACACUCCCCCAGUACUAAGUACAGGCGUGACGGUGAUAGUUUGCGUCUUGUUGCUACUCUUCCUGCUGGGACUGACUGCACUCUGCUGGGAGAACAGGAUCAAGCCACACGUUUGGCCCAGGAUCCCUGACCCCAAGAGUGCUCUGUUGCAGCUGUACGGCAGCCACAGCAAGGCGGUGGAGGUGAGCUUUGACCCAGACAACUUUACGGAUGUGACGGAGAGCAGGGUGGACAUGCUGACGGUGAGGGGUGUUUGUACCCAACCCCCUCACCCACCCCCCUCACCCACGGGGGACUGUGAAUCGGACGCCGAGAGCCGGCUGCUGCCGGGGGAGGAGGAGGCCGCAGGGGACGGGGAGUGGGCUGUGGGGGAUGGGGUCUGCGGCCGAGCUGGGCAGCAGGCUGAGGGUCCCGGCGAGGGGGAGUGUGCUGCGGACCCCGUCCCGGCUAUCUGCCCCUCGGUCCCACCCCUGCCCCCAGACGGGGAAGUUGGAACCCAGGUUGAGGCUCUGGCCUCUCCCUCCACCUACGUCCCCACCCCCGACGAAUCCUACAUCACAAUGUGCAACCUUUACAAGACGCAGUGAGGCAGGCGGGCGGGCCCUGCACAGUCUGCUCCCACCCCCCCC